AUGAGCUUUGGCUUCGGUGUCGGGGAUUUCCUCGCAGUCAUUAAGCUUGCAAGCGAUAUUCGCAAAGACUUUGCCGACGCACCUGAACAAUUUCAGCAGAUAAACGCCGAAAUCAGAAAUCUCGUCAUUGUACUUGGAGACGUUGAUGUGUCUCUUGCAGCGCAUGACGUUUCCGAAGACCAAAACAACAAUCUCAAAGAAAUUCGGGAAAGCUGCCGUGGUGUCCUAGAGGACUCUCGCAAAGAGCUGAGCAAAUAUCUCAGCCUCGAUUCAAAGGGCGGUAGUCUUCAUGAACGCACCAAAAGAGUUUGGAAGCGUGUGAAAUGGGAGCCCGAUGAUAUUCGUGAUUUGCGACAUCGAAUCACUGCGAACAUCGUCGCACUCAACUCCUUUACCGGUUCCAACAUCAGAGACACCGUGUUCAAGUUGGAAGACCGGCAAAUUCGACAAGAGAACCGCGAGAUUCUGGAGUGGCUAACACCGCUCGAUACGGCGGCACAACAGGCAGACUUCAUCAGUCAGCGCCAGGAAGGUACGGGUCAGUGGCUUCUCGACUCAAAUGAGUACAUCAAAUGGAAAGCGACAAAGGGAGAAAUCCUGUUCUGUCAUGGUAUUCCCGGCGCCGGAAAGACUAUUCUGUCAUCAAUCGUGGUGGAGAACUUGCAAGAUACCUUUGGCAUUCAAACCGACGUUGCAAUCUGUUAUUUCUAUUUCAACUUCAAAAGCCAGGGGGAGCAAAAAUUCGAAAACGUGCUGUUGAGUCUUCUCAAACAGCUGAGUCAAGCUUCAGCCACUGUGCCUGACGACGUGCAAGCGCUGUUCAAUCAGUGCAAGUCCAACCGCAGCCGACCAAGUCGCGAGGGGAUCAUCAGAACACUUUCUUCGGUAGCCGGAUCGUUCUCUCGAGUACUCAUCGUGGUAGAUGCGCUGGAUGAAUGCGAAAGCUCCAAUGGAUGCCAGAGAGAACUCAUCUCGCAUUUGAUUGAGCUUCAGCGCAACACAGGGGUGAACAUACUGGCGACUUCCCGCCCGGUGCCCCAUAUAGUGGAAAGGUUCAAAGAAUUCACCUCAGCGGAAGUCCGUGCCAGCGAGGGGGAUAUCCACAGAUACGUUGAAAGCAAUCUUAUGAAUCUGCCAAGAUUUGUGUCUAGGGACAAGGAGUUGCAAGACGAAAUCAAGAAAGGAAUCACAAAAGCUGUGGAUGGAAUGUUUCUGUUGGCCAAGCUCCAUCUUGAUUCUUUGAAGGGCAAGAAAUCACCAAGAGCCCUCCGACAGACUCUGAACACUCUGGCGACAGGAAAUGAUGCCUAUGACGAAGCAUACCAAAAUACCAUGCUCCGUAUAAGCGGACAGCUCUCGGACCAGAAAGAGCUUGGUAUGAAUACCCUUAUGUGGAUCGUGCACGCAAAACGACCGUUGGAAACAGUUGAGCUUCAGCACGCGCUUGGCGUGGAAAUUGGCGAGUCGGAGCUUUUUGAAGACAGCUUGCCAGAUCUUGACGACUUGGUGUCGGCAUGCUGUGGUUUGGUCACCAUUGACGAAGAAAGCCACAUUAUCCGGUUAAUUCAUUAUACAACGCAGGAAUUUUUUGACAGACACGGAGUUCGAUUCUUUCCGUUCGCAGAAACCCAGAUCACGAAUACUUGUGUCACUUAUCUUGCAUUUGAUAUCUUUGAGAGUGGCCAUUGCUUCGAAAAUGACGAUCUUCGCCAAAGACUUACCGACUUCCCACUCUAUGGGUAUUCGUCUCAAUAUUGGGGUCAACAUGCAGAUCCUCAGGCCGAGUCCGAACCCAUCCGAGAACUCCUGGGUCGCCCUAAUCAUGCAAAGGCGUGCGGCCAAUUUCUAAUGGCACUAGAAAACCAGAGACAUGGUUUCCUCAGUACCUACCGGAGUGUAUUCGACAUGACUGGCCUUCACUUGGCUGCCUAUUUUGGUCUGGCGGGCGUAGUAGGUAGCAUAUUGGAUGAUCACCUCGAUCCUGAUAUUCGGGACAGCAAGCGCCGCGCGCCAUUGUGGUACGCUGCUCGGAAUGGCCACCAAGACGUAGUAGGCCAACUCCUUGAUAGAAAUUGCCAACCAGAUGGAGAGGACCAAAACGGAGCGACACUAUUCCAGCAAGCUGUGCAAAAUGGCCACGAAGCUGUUAUACGCUUGCUACUGGAUUAUGGCGCUGAUGUCAACCAGAUGGAUAAAGAUGGCGAAACACCAUUAUAUGAUGCUAUGGAUAAAGAUGGCGAAACACCAUUAUUUCAGGCUGCUAGCAACGGCUACGACAAUAUUGUGCGCUUGCUACUGGAUCACGGUGCUGAUGUCAACCAUAUAGCAGAAUAUGGCGAAACACCAUUAUCUAGGGCUGCUAAGCACGGCUACGAAGCUAUUAUGCGCUUGCUACUAGAUCACGGUGCUGGUGUUAACCAUAUAGCAGAAUAUGGCGAAACACCAUUAUCUAGGGCUGCUAAGCACGGCCACGAAGCUAUUGUGCGCUUGCUACUGGAUCACGGUGCUGGUGUCAACCAUAUGGAUGAAGGUGGCGUCACACCAUUAUCUAGGGCUGCUAGGAACGGCCGCGAAGCUAUUGUGGAAAUGCUUGUCAAGCAUGGUGCAAAUAUAAAUGUCAGGCUGCCCGGAAACGAACCAACGCUGCUGCUUGUGACAGCAAGGCGGGCAUUCUGGCGAAUUGUGGAUCUGCUUCUCGCUACUGGCGCCGACCAUGAAUCUAGGGAUAUUUAUGGUCGAUCAGCACUCGUAUACGCCAUCAUUUGGGAUCAUCCUGAAGCGGUUGAUGUUCUACUCGCGCAAAAUAAGCUCGAUCUCGAUGCAAAAGAUCACUGGGGCUCCACGGCAAUAUCAUUUGCUGCUCGGUCCGGCAACGUAGCAGCGUUUCGGAAAAUUGCAGCUCUGCCUAAUGUUGAUCUGCUUACACGGGAUUCCUUUGGCCGAACACCUCUCUGGUGGGCCCAGAAGCAGAGGCACGACAUCAUCACAACGGAGAUUCUGGCAUAUCAGCGGUCUAACAACCAUGACAUGAUAGAAACUCACAUGCGACCAGCGAUUGGAGAACCCGUUGAGUUCUUGAAUACUGGUGCUUACUGCGAUGUGUGUUUUGCUUCCGUCUCCCUCUAUGAGCCACGGUUCUACUGUUCCUGGUGCGAUAAUGAUAAGCUGCUUGUUUGUCAGGAAUGUCACGGGUUGGGUGCACGCUGUUUCGUUGAAUGGCAUGAGCUUUUGAUUUACGACGAAGAUGUACGUUCCGAUUACUAG